AUGAAAGACCAAACAGUCACCUUCUCAAGACUGAACCUGGCCAAGGACCCAAAGAGGCAUCAAAGAAAACCUAAGGGUGGGAAAAGCUACCUUUCAGAGACUGAACAGGAAAUAACCCCUGAGGAAUUAAACCUUCAAAACGCUACUCUGAAUCUCCAGGGGGAAGACAAGCCGGGCUCCCACACAUGUUGUCUUCUCCGUAAACCCUCUAAACAGCUGUCUCCACCUUCCCUUCUCAGUGUCUCUGUCUCUCUCCCUGCAGUCUUACCGUUACCUCCAGACAAGCACCAGUUCACAGCUGAGAUCCUGGGAGUCAUUUGCAUCGUCCUGCUGGCCUCUGUGUUAAAAAUGAUAGCUUUUAUUAUAAUAACGCAGACGCAGAACAAUUCUCUCCCAAACGUCACCACUCAGAAAGGAUAUCCUUGUGGUCAUUGUCCAGAGGAGUGGUUCACAUAUUCCAGCAAUUGUUACUACAUUGGUAAGGAACUAAAAACCUGGAAUGAGAGUUCGAUGGCCUGUGCUUCUAAGAACUCCACUCUGCUUUAUGUAGAUGAUGAAGAAGAAAGGAAAUUUCUGAGCAUUCUGUUAUGGCAUUCCUGGACUGGAGUCUUUCGUCAGAGCAGUGGUCAUCCAUGGGUGUCAAUAAAUGGCUCAGCUUUCAAACUUAACAUAACAGAAAUAGAACCUGGUAAACGGAACUGUGCUGCGCUAACCUCAGGUAAACUUCAAUCAGAUGAAUGUGGAUCUUCAAAAAUUUACAUCUGUAAGCACAAGCUUUAG